AUGCCUCAAAUCAUGCCCGAUUUCUCAAACUCCGUGAAGCUCAAGUAUGUGAAACUUGGGUACCAAUACUUUGUUAACAACAUUAUCACCCUCACACUCAUACCCAUCAUGGCUUCCAUCUUCAUAGAGUUAAUACGUUUAGGGCCUGAUGAAAUUCUCAACCUUUGGAGGAGGUCUCUUCACUUUGAUAUUGUCCAAAUCCUUUGCUCUUCUUUCCUCAUCAUUUUCAUAGCCACUUUCUACUUCAUGUCAAAGCCACGCACAAUCUACCUUGUUGAUUAUGCAUGCUUCAAGCCACCCGUGGCUUGCCGUGUCCCUUUUGCUACUUUCAUGGAACAUUCAAGGCUCAUACUCAAGAACAACCCAAAGAGUGUGGAGUUUCAAAUGAGGAUUCUUGAAAGGUCUGGUCUUGGAGAAGAAACAAGCUUGCCUCCUGCAAUCCAUUACAUACCACCUAAACCAACCAUGGAAGCUGCAAGAGGUGAAGCUGAGCUUGUUAUAUCCUCAGCCAUGGAUUCCUUGUUCGAGAAAACAGGGCUUAAGCCUAAGGACAUAGACAUUCUUAUAGUGAAUUGUAGCCUCUUCUCACCAACACCUUCUUUGUCUGCUAUGGUGAUAAACAAGUACAAGCUCAGAAGCAACAUCAUGAGCUUUAACCUCUCAGGGAUGGGUUGCAGUGCAGGUCUCAUCUCCAUUGACUUAGCUCGAGAUCUUCUUCAAGUUCACCCAAACUCAAAUGCUGUGGUUGUGAGCACAGAGAUCAUCACCCCUAACUAUUACCAAGGCAAAGAGAGAGCCAUGCUUGUUCCAAACUGUUUAUUCAGAAUGGGUGGUGCUGCUAUUCUCUUAUCAAACAGAAAAUCGGAACGUUGCCGAGCUAAGUACAGAUUGGUCCACGUGGUUCGAACCCAUAAAGGUGGUAAUGACAAAGCGUACCAUUGUGUGUACGAAGAGGAAGACAAAGAAGGGAAGGUGGGGAUUUCACUGUCGAAGGACCUCAUGGCCAUAGCAGGAGAAGCAUUGAAAUCGAAUAUAACAACCAUUGGUCCUCUUGUUCUUCCAGCUUCGGAGCAGCUACUCUUCCUUCUAACCCUCAUUGGAAGGAAAAUCUUCAACCCCAAAUGGAAGCCAUACAUCCCUGACUUCAAACAAGCCUUCGAGCACUUCUGCAUCCAUGCUGGUGGGCGUGCUGUGAUUGAUGAGUUGCAGAAGAAUCUUCAGCUCUCCGCUGAACACGUUGAAGCUUCAAGGAUGACCCUGCACAGGUUCGGGAACACCUCUUCUUCUUCGCUUUGGUAUGAAUUGAACUACAUUGAAUCAAAGGGAAGAAUGAAGAGAGGUGACAGAAUAUGGCAGAUAGCUUUUGGUAGCGGUUUUAAAUGCAACAGUGCCGUUUGGAAGUGCAACAGAACCAUUAUGACCCCUCUUGAUGGGCCUUGGGAAGAUUGCAUUAAUCGCUACCCUGUUCAUAUUCCUGAGAUCGUUAAGCUUUAAGCUCACUGGCAGAAAGAAAAGAAAAGAAUAUUGCUAAAUAAAAAAAAAGGUUCAU